GAUAUCUUCAGACAUCUUCAGACCAACCUGUACUGGACUUGUUGGACUUCCGUCCGCUCAGAUGGCGCCAAAGACUUGUUGGACUCCGACGCCGGCCGCGGCCUUCGUGGCCUCGUGGGCGAAGAACGCCUGGAGAGCGUCAAAGCGGGUCUGACGGCCGUGGGCUCAGGCGCAGUGGCCAUGGUACCCAUCAGUGGCGUGGCGGGAAUGAAGAGGACCCUUUUUGCGGCCUUAGGUUUGCUAGAUCCCGAUCGCUUGACGCCACGCUGGGAAUUUCAAUUGGACAUGCUGGCACUGGACAUUUUCCUUUUUGGAGUGGUGUAUCGCUAUGCGGUUCGCGCUGGCGACGACAAUCCGAUGCUGCGAACAGGUGUCAUCGGAGCCUUUGUGCUGCCACGAGCACUCUUUUUGGUGCAAAUGCCGGCUGAGUGCCAGGCCCUUCCACUAAAUUGCGGAGAACCGCUGGGAUAUUUCAGUUGGGCAAUGCUGGCCCAGGUGGCUUGGCAAGGCUUUGCUGGUGCAGUGGUCUUCGCUGUGGCCUUUUAUGGCCUUGAGAGGGCCAUCACGUGUGGAUUGGUUCAACGAUUUCGAACUCAGAAUUGA